AUGACUGCACGGACAGACAGACAGGCGACCGCUCUUCGCCCGCUCGCGCUCUCGCAGGGAACCCUGUCGCGAGCAGAUGGGUCGGCGCAAUUCACCUUUGGCAACGUGUCUGUCCUCGGCUCCGUGACCGGUCCUGCCGAGGUGAGGCUGCGAGACGAGCUGGUCGACCGGGCGACUCUCGAAAUCAACGUCCGGCCGCUCAGAGGGCAAGGGGGCCCGCCGGUCAAGGCCGCCGAAUCGACGCUCUCCCAACUCUUCGCUCCCCUCAUCCUCCUGCACCUCUACCCACGCGCCCUCAUCCAGCUCACCCUCCAAACGAUCUCAUCCCCGUCCACAACCUUCACCAAGCCCUUCUCGACCGACCCCUCACUGCAAGUUGAUGCCAAGGGAAAGGGAAAGGAGCUCGAGGCACCUCGAGGGACUGGAGUGGGAGCAGGCGAGAAGGCUGCGCGGAUCAAUGCGGCGAUGAUGGCGCUCGUCGAUGCGGGAGUACAAUGUCGAGGGAUGCUCGUGGCUGUGGCGAUUGCGUUCGUGCCGGUUCAGGACGGCGAGGCGGACGACGAGGAGAUGCGAUUGGACCCGACGCCGGCAGAAGAAGAGGACGCGACGUCUACGCACGUCUUUGCGUUCUCGUUCGGUCAGGGUGUCGGCGGGACAGAAGGAACAUGCGCCGGCGUCGACUCUGUCGGGACGUUCUCGGAGGACCAGCUCUUUGACGCGCAAGACCUCGCACAAUCAGCUUGCCAAACCAUCCUCGCCUUCAUUCGCAAGAGUGUCGAAACGAAGUACGGCGUCGAGGGCGCACCACCACCUGCCCAGGUUAAGGCGGCGCCCGAGGCGGACAUGUACGAUGCGGAGGAGGCGGAAAUGAGUGAGGACGACGACCGAGUAAUGAUCGAGGCUUGA